CCCACUCCGACUCCUGUCCCUCCCGGAAGUCAAGCGAGCACACCUGUUGUUUCUACCUCCACACCACCGUUCCAUACGUCUACGCCGCUGAGUGGAUCACAUCAUGACCACGAUGUACGCCAAGUAUCUACGCCUCGCAGUCCACAAAACCAAGACUCGCCGAGUACCAGCAUCAACGAACUCUCCGAUCAUGGACAUGUCGCUCGACACCUACAUUUAGUCAUUGGAGACGCUAGCGACCACCCAGACUAUGUUCUAAGAGAGCAGAAUGAGGAUCAUGAUCGUGAUGUGGACCAUGACGAACCGGUACCAGGAUAUAGUGCUCCGUAUCACGAACACGCACAACUUCCAGCUCCCUAUCAUUUCGCCGGGAAUCAUUCUCAGGGUAGGAGUGGGAAUGCACCAGUGGGUCCGACUUCACCGCAUAUCUCGAGCGAGGAUGGACCCACGCCGAGUCGCACUGGUCCUAAUAGUACAUUUGGCGCUGGAGGCAUGGUGAGGAGGAUUUUGAGGGAGCAACGAAGUGCUCCGAUGGCUCUUUCGAGUAGGGGCGGUUCACCGAAUGUGCUGCAGGGUCCUCGCAUCGGAGUUGGUCCUGGGGCUGUGAACCCUCAGAGUCAGAGUGCGAGCGAGCGGGCAAUUGGGCUUGCGGUGAGGGGACCGAGACCUGUGGGGGUGAGGCAUGGGAGGGGAAGGAGCACGUCGAGUUUGCAUCCUUAUGUUACCAACUUCCGAUCCCCCAUCGAUCUCGUCGAUACUUCACUGGAAGCCACGACUCCGCCAUAUCAUCAAUACGUUGAACCGAAUCUCGCUCAGCCAUGAAUCUGGCACUUGAAAGACACGAUGCUCGUGAUUUUAUUGGGCUCUUUCUUUCCAUAUUCUCGGUGUUGCUCUUUCGUGCUUUCUGUACUACUUCUUUGUACUGUUGAUACCAUUUCCUGCUCUGUUCUUUUUCCAAUCACAUACCCACGCCAUAUAUAUCCAUGGUCUUGUAAAAGUAUGAGCUAACAUCCUACCCGAAUAUAUUAUUCUGCAUCGAAGCGAUGCUACCCCUUGUA